AUUUUAUGAUUGUUGUUAUUAAUAAUAAUAACUGUAAAUUAAUGCCGUAACUUGCGUGAUCAUUCAAUUUUUCUCGCCUCAAAUGGUUCAUCGGUUCGUGAUAUACAACUUUAAUCCGAUAUAUAUGUACAUGAAUUACAUAUAUGUGUAAAUAGAAGACUGUACACAUAACUAUAAGUGUGUAUGUAUAGAAACACAUGCAUUGCAAUUAUAUGAAGUUAUGAAGUUGUAUUUGGCGUAUAUAGUAUAUAUUGUUGUGUGUAGCAGCCGCCAUCUUCUCCUAUAAGCAACUGACAUGUCUUUUUAAUAUUAUUAUCAAUAAUUUAUUAACGGAUUUAAAUGUGAUCCGACACAAUAGUAGGACAAUAAUAUUUAUCAAAAUUACAGUAACACAUAUUUAUUAUUUAUUUGGACAUAAUUAACAAUAUUUAGUGGUACGUCAAAAUAAAAGUAAAAAACGGAGCUGAAAAAAAAUAACAAUUAACCCAACCUCUGUGCUUGGUGCUUUUAGGGUUCAGAAAAAUAGAUGAUGUGUAAUUAAGUGAUUUAAAUAGUAAAACGCAUUGAUACGCUUAUUGAUUUAUUUAAAUUCCGUAAAUAUAACUCGAAGGUUUAAAGUGACAUUAUUUAGUUGAUUAUUUUGAUAUGAAACAUGCUUGAAUUGAUACUAUUUUAGAGGUUGGAUGUCGAUCAAACAUAACCACAACGCUGAUUUAUAUCUGGCUGGUGUUUGUCAACUUAGAGUGAUAAAUAAAUAAACCAAUGUUCACUACGUCACGUGUAUCUGAUUCAGAUAAAUUUUUUUAAUUAGUUUAUUAUGAAAAUUUGAUUUUGUGGUUAUUUGGUUUUAAUAAUGAAUGGAUACACAAGGUGGAACAGUUGGGAGUCAAACCUGUCAUCGAUGAAGAUCCCGGCCGAGGAGGCUUUUGAGAUGGACAAUAAAUUGAAGUUUUCGGAUCGUCUGAAAGCUCUGCUGAAAACAGACCCACGUCAAGACAUCGAUCCUUAUAUAUUCAGUGAACCAGAGCCAUUUCACGGUGCGGGUAAACAUAAUAAUGUCGAGUCCAUCAAGAAUUCUCGAAUGAGUGGAGGUAAGAGUAACGGUUCUAAAGGAAAGUGUUUAAGAAAAAGAAUCAAAGCUGAACACAAUGCUAGCUCUAGCGAAAACGUUACAUCUGUUAUGGAUAAUGCGAGAUUAGUUGGAGAUAAUAGCAGUCUGAGGAGUGUUGAACUUAGAAUCGGUCAUGGGUCACGUGUCAAGGAGGAUUCUAGCAGAGAACCAGUGAGAAGAUUGAGUAGAGAUCACACUCUUCUCUACUACCCACGCGCUGGCGAUGAAAUUCCUGACAGCGAUAGCAGUAGCGAUGAACUAGGUGUUUAUCAGCGUCACUGGUUUUCCGGCGAUACAAGUAACGUUCCAAGAGCCACCAGGUUGACUCUCCUGAGGUCACAGUUACGUCGGCGUUUAAUUCAACUUCACAAAGAUGGCAAAGAGUCUGAAACGCUUCUUUAUAAGAGAACUCGACGGCUACUGGAAGCUGCGUGUAGAAGUUCACGGCAGUUGAAAGGACACUUGACAUCUUCAAGUAUCCAUAAAAAAGACAAUACAGAUCAUCUCCUGGUUGGUAGUCGCUGUUUAACUGAAGGCUGUCAGUAUAUGUCGCUACCCAGCACACGUCAUUGUUCUCGUCAUAUAAUGCUUAAUGGUGAUCAACUGUUGUUUGAACAUUGUACUGCCAAGUUUAGCGACAAUACUCAAUGUUGUGUGCCUGUAUUUGAUGUAGCCCACGAGUUACCAUUGUGCCCAGAGCACGCACGUAAACGUGAUAACUAUAAUCGCAAAGCUCAGGAAUCCAAACCAAAAAAAUCACGUAAAAAACCAACAUCACCAACUAGCAUUCCAAGACCCAAGAAUACCAGUAGCAGUAGUAAAUCACGUCCGAAAAAACGAAAACGACCACCUUCUGUAAAACCUAUUGACAUAAAGCCUAAUGUAAAUAUACGACAUUGUCAACAGCAAGAAGAGACUAUUCAUUUAGAUAAUCAUCAUUCGAGUCAAAUAAUCACUCCGACAAUCAUACCGGUUAAUAAUAUCUGUAAUAAUAACAAGACAUUGAAUAAUGUGGCGCAAAGUAUGCCAACUAAUCCAAUAACUAAUAACCUUAAUCUUGGAUCAUUGGGACUUGGAUCGCUGGGUCUUGGCCCCGGUUUAAAUACAGGUUUAAGAGUUGAAUUAGACCAAGAAGUAUUUGCAGCUCUUGAUCCCAAUGAACAUGACUUUAAUAAUGUUCUUAAUACUCUACCUGUUGACCUUAAUGAGCUUUUCUUAGAAAGCCGCAAUGGUGAAUAUGAACAGCCCUCAAAAGAGGAAGCCGAGGAACUAGAACGGGCUUUGGAAGAAGUUGACAAAGAUGUCCGAAGUCUUGAACAAAUGGAGCAGACCCGUUCUUUGCUAGAGCGUAAUUUGGAAAGAAUGGAACAAACACACGGUCUCUUAGGACGUAAUCUCGAACACUUAGAAUCGAAUCACGGUCUCCUAGAACGAAAUUUAGAACCGACUCACGGCCUUUUAGAGCCAGCUCUUCUUGCCCAAUUGAUGUCAGAUAUUGCAUCGUAGCCUCCGUCCGCACAGAACUGAAGAAAAUUUUCUAUCAGUCAAAAUUAGACAACUUUGCUAGUUGAACCAAUUGGCUGAGUGUUUACCUCAAUUUAUUUUUAUUUAGAGUAAAAAAAAGGUGUUUAUCUGUCGAAAAAAGUAAUUGUAAUAAUAUACUAAUUUAAGAUUUAUUAGGCCAAAUGGAGCAUAAAAAAAUACAAAAUGAUAUUAAGUUAAAAGUCUCUGUCAAACAAAAAAAAAAAAAAAAAAAAAAAAACAUUAGUUUUUCGAGUUAAUUGGCAAAU